AGCAGCAGCUGCUGAUCGGCCAGUUCGUGGUGGCCGCCGGCUGCGCCGCCGACCAAGCCCGGCAGCUCCUGCAGGCCGCCCGCUGGCAGUACGAGGUCACAUUCCAGCAGCGCCCUGCAGGAUUCCAGGCAUCCGGACCCAGCAACUCUGCCGGACUACAACUCCCAUCCUCCCUGACCGCUGGGGACGAUGGGAGUUGUAGUCCAACAACAGCUGGGGAUCCCGGUUAGAGGAAGACCAGCGCUGAUCAGUGCCUGGAUGGGGGACCAGCUGGAGACCUCAAAUGUAGCUGCUGCCUCGGGUUCCAUGGAAGAAAGAUGGGAUAUAAACGCAAGGCAGACAGCCCUCAGCACGUUCUUCCAAGAAUCCGGCAUCCCCUACAGCCAUCCCCAUCAUCAGAUGAUGUGCACGCCUGCCAACACGCCUGCCACCCCGCCCAGCUUCCCCGAGGCCCUCGCCAUGUUCUCCCGCCUCAAGGCCUCGGAGGCAGCCGCCUCUCCUCCCCUUCCGCCGCCCCCACUGCCCCAGCCCGGAGGCUUCCCCUGGCCGGCCUGCUCCCUGCCUGGGCAGCCGGGCGCAUGGACUGCCAGCCACCCUCUGCAGCCGGCAGGCUGGCCUGGCAGCCUCUCCCAGCAAGGCAGCUCCGAGCUGCCAAAGACCAGUGCCACCCUGGAGGCCGAGAGAUGAGGAGACAAGGGCCACACAGCAGAUGUGGGGGGAGUGAGACCCACAACGCUUCAGAGACACGGGCAGAGAAGCCCCUGACAGCCCCAGGGGGGUUGCUUGACUCUGGAGUUUGGGGGCACCAGGCCUCGCUGCAAGGGGGAGACUGGUGCCAAGGUCUCUGUGUGGCUGUUGUGUUUGAGACGCACUCAGAGCAAGGUGGGCAGAGAGAGUUCUGCUUCCCCACUCCAGUGCCUUCGCUGUAUGCGGUGUGUGUGUGUGUGUGUGUGUGUCACUUUUGCAGGCUUUUCCUGGAGGAAACCCGCCCCUGUUGGGCUCCCAGCGAUUCACUUCUCUCCUGUCUCUGCCACCUCAGCUCUGCCCAAGGUGGGCGUUGCCACCCAUGGACCAAACCGCAUGCUCAGAUUUCAACUGCCCCCCAUGGAAAAGUGGUGGUUGGGGUUUUGGUUUUGUUCUGGUUUAAUAAUCUGCCAUUUUUUUAAAGGAUUAAAUUUCUUUUCCGGA